CUGAAUACUCAGUCAGACUGGUGAAUGGGACCACUUCCUGUUCUGGGACAGUGGAAGUCUUCUAUGAAGGAGAGUGGUCAGGUGUAUGUUCUGGGUGGUGGAGCAUAAUGAAAGAGGUUAAGGUUGUGUGUAGAGAGAUGGACUGUGGGAAUCCUGUAUCUGAAUCUAGAGGACCUAUGAUUGAAGAUGGAAGAGGAGGAGUCAGACUAUUGAGAUGUAGUGGACAUGAGUCUUCUAUUAGACAGUGUAACAUCAAAGGAGGACCUGGUUUCUGUAUUGGUGGAUAUUAUCAUCAUGUGACCUGUUCAGAGUCUGUGCGGCUUGUGGGUGGAGCUGGUCUCUGCUCUGGGAGAGUGGAGGUGAAGUCCAAUCAGUCCUGGGCCUCAGUGUGUGAAGCUGACUUUGACCGGCAGGAUGCAGAGGUAGUCUGUAGGGAUGUUGGCUGUGGGGCUCCUGCAGCUCUACAGGGGGGGCUCUAUGGAGGAGGUGGGGGUCAGACCUGGGAUAAAGAGUUCCAGUGUAAAGGCAAUGAGUCCCUUCUCCUGGACUGUGACACCUCAGACAGAGAGAACAACACCUGCCUACCUGGUAAUGCUGUUGGACUCACCUGCUCAGAGCCUGAUGAUGUGAGGCUGGUGGGAGGAGGCAGUCGCUGUGCUGGUGGAGUGGAGUGGUACUACCAGGGAGAGUGGAGGAUUGUGGGAGCUGAUGACAGGGACCAGGAGGAUGUAGCUGCAGUAGUGUGUAGACAGAUGGGUUGUGGCUCCACUGUUUCAGCACUACGUGGAGACACCACUAGAGGGUUUGGAGUUUUCUGUGAUGGGGAUGAAUCUUCACUGAGGGAAUGUUCCAGAAGUUAUUAUCUCCUUCCUGGACUCACAGUGAUCUGCUCAGAUCUCCUGGUCCAGCCUGAUAUCUUCCUGACUGACCCAAUGGGAGGGGUCUUCAGGGGCCACCAGGGGCCCGAGAUGUUCAGGGGCUACAACUUCACCAUCACCUGCUCCACUCAGCCACAGUACCCAGGAGGCUCCUUCCUCCUCACGUUCACCGGCUCCAACAGAACCCAGACCCAGCCAGCUGUCAAUCACUCUGCUGCCUUCCUCUUCCCUGCUGCAGAUGACUCCCACCAAGGGAACUACAGCUGUGUUUAUGAGAAUGAUGUUUUCUCUCAUAACUUCUCCUCUGAGAGUGAGCUCCUCUCCCUCACCAUCACAGCCUCUCCUCUGCCAGCCUUCAUCAUCAGACACGUUGUAGUGCUGCUGAUCCUACUGACAACAAUCACCACCUCCUACCUGUACUACAAGCCCACCAGGAGGCAGAAGAGAGUGAACAGGGUGAGCAGCAUGGAUCUUUAUGUCAAUGCCAUGGAGAUGGUCUCUCUGAGCUCCAGAGCUGAAGCUGGACCGGGAGAGGAGAGAGCAGCCCAGGGGACGGAGUAGGAGUAGAAUGAACUGACCCUACAUGCUGAUCAAAGGUCCGUUUUGUGUUUUAAGUCGAUGGUCAGCAGUGGACUGGUGUUUAAAAUGUGGUGAUGAACCUGAAGUGGUUCUAAUUUUAAUAACAAGUUCAGAAUUAGUUUAUCUUUCUAGAACCUUGGAAGAAAUCUAAAAGGAGUGACUGCAACCACCAUUAUUCAUUUAGUUUGGUUUUUACCACCAGAGAAACAUGGGGUUUUGGGUAACAUGGGGUUUUGGUAACAUGGGGUUUUGGGGUAACAUGGGGUUUUGGUAACAUGGGGUUUUGGUAACAUGGGGUUUUGGGGUAACAUGGGGUUUUGGGUAACAUGGGGUUUUGGUAACAUGGGGUUUUGGGGUAACAUGGGGUUUUGGGUAACAUGGGGUUUUGGGUAACAUGGGGUUUUGGGUAACAUGGGGUUUUGGGGUAACAUGGGGUUUUGGGUAACAUGGGGUUUUGGUAACAUGGGGUUUUGGGUAACAUGGGGUUUGGGUAACAUGGGGUUUGGGUAACAUGGGGUUUGGGUAACAUGGGGUUUGGGUAACAUGGGGUUUUGGGUAACAUGGGGUUUUGGUAACAUGGGGUUUUGGGUAACAUGGGGGUUUUGGUAACAUGGGGUUUGGGUAACAUGGGGGUAACAUGGGGUUUGGGUAACAUGGGGGUAACAUGGGGUUUGGGUAACAUGGGGGUAACAUGGGGUUUGGGUAACAUGGGGUUUGGGUAACAUGGGGGUAACAUGGGGUUUGGGUAACAUGGGGUUUGGGUAACAUGGGGUUCUGGGUAACAUGUGGCUUUAAUUAUUUUAAGAGAUCUCAAUUACGUCUGUUUUGUGUCCAGAAUGUAUUGAUUUUUGCUUUUGUCUUCAUGUCUUUAUCUUAUUUAGUGUCUCUUAGAUUCUUUAUCUUAUUUAAUGUCUCUUAGAUUCUUUAUCUUAUUUAGUGUCUCUUAGAUUCUUUAUCUUGAAGUGUUUCCAUUAUUAGUCCAGGUAUUAUUAUAAUCAUCUGUUCAUUCUUUGUAUUUUGAAACAUUUUUUAAUAAAGGGGUUUGUUGUUGUUUACCUCUCAUGAUGUUAUUGAUUAUAAAUGUUAUGAUAUUGAUUAUGAUGUAGAUUAGUGUUAUGUUGUUAGUAGUAUAGAGAUAAUGAUGUUAUUGAUUAUAAACGUUAUGAUAUUGAUUAUGAUGUAGAUUAGUGUUAUGUUGUUAGUAGUAUAGAGAUAAUGAUGUUAUUGAUUAUAAACGUUAUGAUAUUGAUUAUGAUGUAGAUUAGUGUUAUGAUGUUAGUAGUAUAGAGAUAAUGAUGUUAUUGAUUAUAAACGUUAUGAUAUUGAUUAUGAUGUAGAUUAGUGUUAUGUUGUUAGUAGUAUAGAGAUAAUGAUGUUAUUGAUUAUAAAUGUUAUAUUGAUUAUGAUGUAGAUUAGUGUUAUGUUGUUAGUAGUAUAGAGAUAAUGAUGUUAUUGAUUAUAAAUGUUAUGAUAUUGAUUAUGAUGUAGAUUAGUGUUAUGAUGUUGCUCUCUAAACUGCCAUGUAAUCAACUGAAUGCUUUUAAUAAAAUUACAGGCUGUCA